GCUGUGGCCGCCCUCGGCGCGUCCGCAGGACGGGGCUGCCACCCUGCGCGCAGCCCGAGCCCCGGGGGCGCGGCCGCGGGGCACCGAGCGCUUUACGUGUUGCGGCGGACCUGGAGGAUGAGACUUUCCCGCGUCGCCCUUUUAAGCUCCCAGAUUCGGACCCUCUCCGUCUCUUUUCCAGGGACUCCGGCUCUGUUCAUUCUCGGGUUGUUAAGCAUUGCUGUGUACCAUCUAGAAAUGCUCUGAGAAUUUUUGGAUUUCGUCAUUGUUAGUGAUGGUGACUUGAAAAGACGGAAAACAGAAAAGAUUCCCCUCUCGGAACUUUUAAAUCUUUCACUUAAUUUUGCACGGUUAUUUCUAAAUCAUGAGCACAGUUUCAGUCCUGCAUGAUAUGAGAUUCAAGAAUAAAGAAAGCACUACAGAUUGAAAAUCUUUGUCAAGCCCAUGAGGAAGUCUUGGACUUUGCAAACAUUUACCAUAUUUCCGCUUAUCUCCAGAAGUGGGAGUCAUAGUUGUCAUUGAAACUAUUCGUUGGUACAGAAGCACUAACGAGGUUGCAUGAUGGAAUUUGAACAUUACCUCAAGAGGUUUCAUACUUUGGAUUAGUUAAUUGUUCUCAUUCUUCUGAUUAUUUCUUCGGACUCAUUUUUUGGUGUCCUCUUGAGAUAUUAAAUACAAAAAGAUUGUACCAUGGACUACAAGGAAAGCUGUCCAAGUGUAAGCAUUCCCAGCUCUGAUGAACACAGAGAGAAAAAGAAAAGGUUUACUGUUUAUAAAGUUCUAGUCUCUGUGGGCAGGAGUGAGUGGUUUGUCUUCAGGAGAUAUGCAGAGUUUGACAAACUUUACAACACUUUAAAGAAACAGUUUCCUGCUAUGGCUCUGAAGAUUCCUGCCAAGAGAAUAUUUGGUGAUAAUUUCGAUCCAGAUUUUAUUAAACAAAGAAGAGCAGGACUGAAUGAAUUUAUUCAGAACUUAGUUAGGUAUCCAGAGCUUUACAACCAUCCAGAUGUUAGAGCAUUCCUUCAAAUGGACAGCCCAAAACAUCAGUCAGACCCAUCUGAAGAUGAGGAUGAAAGAAGUACCCAUAAGCCACACUCUACCUCACAGAACAUCAACCUGGGACCAACUGGAAAUCCUCAUGCUAAACCAACUGACUUUGACUUUUUAAAAGUUAUUGGAAAAGGCAGCUUUGGCAAGGUUCUUCUUGCAAAACGAAAACUGGAUGGCAAAUUUUAUGCUGUCAAAGUGUUACAGAAAAAAGUAGUUCUCAACAGAAAAGAGCAAAAACAUAUUAUGGCUGAACGUAAUGUUCUCUUGAAAAAUGUGAAACAUCCAUUUUUGGUUGGAUUACAUUAUUCUUUUCAAACAAGUGAAAAGCUUUAUUUUGUUCUGGAUUUUGUUAAUGGAGGGGAGCUGUUUUUUCACUUACAAAGAGAACGGUCCUUUCCUGAACACAGAGCGAGAUUUUAUGCUGCUGAAAUUGCCAGUGCAUUGGGUUACUUGCACUCCAUCAAAAUAGUAUACAGAGACUUGAAACCAGAAAAUAUUCUUUUGGAUUCAAUGGGACAUGUUGUCUUAACAGAUUUUGGGCUUUGUAAAGAAGGAAUUGCUAUCUCUGAUACUACUACAACAUUUUGUGGGACACCAGAGUACCUUGCACCUGAAGUAAUCAGGAAACAGCCCUAUGACAACACUGUGGAUUGGUGGUGCCUUGGUGCUGUUCUGUAUGAAAUGCUGUAUGGAUUGCCACCUUUUUACUGCCGAGAUGUUGCCGAAAUGUACGAUAAUAUUCUUCACAAGCCCCUAAAUUUGAGGCCAGGAGUGAGCCUCACAGCCUGGUCUAUUCUGGAAGAACUCUUAGAAAAAGACAGGCAAAAUCGACUUGGUGCCAAAGAAGACUUUCUUGAAAUUCAGAAUCAUCCUUUUUUUGAAUCACUCAGUUGGACUGACCUUGUACAAAAGAGGAUUCCGCCACCCUUUAAUCCUAAUGUGGCUGGACCAGAUGAUAUCAGGAACUUUGACACAGUAUUUACAGAGGAAACAGUUCCAUAUUCUGUAUGUGUGUCUUCUGACUACUCUAUCGUGAAUGCUAGUGUACUGGAGGCAGAUGAUGCAUUUGUUGGUUUCUCUUACGCACCUCCUUCAGAAGACUUAUUUUCAUGAACAGUUUGCAACUCAGAAACCAUCAAGCAAAUACAAGCCUCCAGAUGGGACUAAAACUCCUGUUUGUGUGAAUAUAUUCAAAUAUGUAUAACAGUGCCUCAUUUUUAUAUGUAAUGUUCAAAACUAUGAAAAAUGUAUUUUCUGCUGUAUGCAAGGAAAUAGGGCAUUUCAUGGAGCUGUGUUUUGAAUUAAAAUUUGUAUUCUUGUUUACUAAGCUUAUUUUUAACAAAAUUUGAAAGCUGUUAUUCUUAGCUUUAACCUAUUUUUAAAAAACUUUUCUGCUGUUGACUGUUUCCUUCUUAAGUUUACACUAACAUAUUCAAGAUAGACUUUUUCAACAGUCUGUUUCAGUUCACUUAACAUACAUUAAUACCUUUGUAACUCUACUAUGACUUGUGUUAUUGUGUCAGAACUAUGCAAUUGGUACAUAGUUGUUUAAGAAGAAGCUAUCUUUCCAUGGUAAAUCACUGUUUGAAAUAAAAGGUCUUGGUGUAGGAUUAAAGUGCAAAAAGUAUGUUAA